AGGAAACUCGUAAGAUGAGGGAAGACAUUCAACGUCGACGACAGGAAGCCGAGGCCAAACGCAAAAAGGCGGAGUCAGAGAAUCAAUCAAUCUACUCCAUUCCAAAAUACAACAUUGCUGAAAGCAUCGCCAGAGCCAAGCAGGAGAAGAUGCAGACCUCUGCCGAAAUCAUGGCAGAGAGAGAGAAGAGGAUCGAGGAGAACUUCCCUCAGAUACGCAUCAGCGCCCGUGAUUCUGAAGAGCGUCUCCGUGAGAUUGCGGAGAUCCUUCAUGCCAAGCUGGUGGAGGUCUAUGGUGAUAUCUAUGACCUUGAACAGAGGAAAGAGAGACAGGAAUAUGAUCUCAACGAGAUGAAUGCUCGCAUCAAAGAUCUUGUUAAGCAUAAGACUGUGAAUGUUAUUCCAACAGUUGAUCAGGGCCGAGUCAGCAUGCUGAAGGAAAAGGGAUUCUCUUUUGAUGACAAGGCUACGAAGCAGAAACAGAACGUUGAUCUGAAGGCAAGCCUGCCCUCUAGUGGUCACAUAGCUGACAGGCUUCAGAAGCUGCAAGACAAUCUCAAGAAGGAUGCGGAGAAUGCUGAUAAGACUGUUAAGAAAGAGCCGAUCAAGCUGACCUACAGUUCCGCAGAACAGCUGAAAGAGGAUUUGGAAGAAAGCAAGAGAGAGGCGGAGAAGUACAGAAUUCAGAGGGAGGAGAAUCGUAAGCAGAGGGAGGCGGAGAUUCGUAAGAUGGAGGAGCAGCAUGAAGAACGAAUCAAGAAAGCUGAAGAGGAACGUAAGAAGCAGAUGGAGGAAAGAGAACGACUGAAGAAGGAGAAGGAAGAGAAGGAGAGGGCUAAGAGGAAUAUGAUGAGCCCCUCUGGAGCCCCUAUCAACAUAUCUAAAGUAGUAUCCCAGACCAAGGCCAAGAACCGUGAGGAAACCAUUGCCGACCGGGUCCCGACGAUGACCAUCUCGAGCACAACCACGGAGGUCGAGCUGCGGAACUUUGCCAACGACCUCUACAACAGACUCAAGACAACCUUGGGGGAUGUCUUUGAUCUGAAUGAACAGAAGAAAAAGAAUGAGUACUAUCUGAAUGAACUGAAUGAGAGGGUUGAUGUCAUCAAGACUCCCAAGUCUUCACCUGUUGUGAGCACUGGAAUUGUGAGUAAAUUUAAAGAUGGAGGAGCGUGGUCCCCAAAGAAACAGAAUGAGACAGGUAAACCGUUCAAACCCAAGGAGCUUGGUGGCAUCGCCUCUGAGGGCGGGGUACGAGGGCGCUUGGCCAUGUUCUCUGGGGGAGGAGACACCACAGACUCACCCCCUAAGAAAUCUGCACCAGCAAAAAUCAACAUCUACAAGUAACAUGAGCAAGAUGAUAACUACUUGGAAUAAGGACAAACCUAAUUAUUGGAUCUUAUCUUUUUAUAGAAAUUGGCUUUGAUGUAACUAUGUAUUUAUCAUUUAUAUUUAUCAUUCUUAGAAUGCAAUGUUAAGAUGUAAUGUGUACCAGUUUUUCAAAAGUCUUCCCCCACGAUGUUUUAUUGCAUAAUUGUUAAUUAGAGCUUCAUAUUUAUAUUUACUAUUCAUAAAUACCAAUCUAGAGAUUGGGAUUUGCUAAUCUUAAACUGAUGAGAUGGAUUACAUGUAUUUUAAAGGGGUAGUUAUUUUAUUGCCUAUCGUGAAUUAGCAUUCUUCAUGAGUUAUAUAUUGUGAGAGUGUCAUGGUAUGAAUUUCAAUCAAAUUUUGUUCAGGGGAUUCUUUUAAAGUUAUAUUAUUACAAUAUCUGUGAGUAUGAUUCUUAUAUACCUGACAACAAACUUUUUAAAAUUACUUUUCAAAGCUUACUUUUAAAGUAUUGUAAACCACAAAGUUAAUCAUAUUGUUAACAAAAGCUAUUUGUUAUUGGAAUUUUUUAAAAUGGUACAAAAUGUGUUGUAUAAUUUUCAGAAAACAAGGAUUUAUUCAACAUUUUCUCAAAAUCAAGGCUACUUUUUUUUGAGCAGGGGUAUUUAUCACAUCAUUGUUCAACAUUUAAAGAUAUUUUGUAAUAGCUAAAUUUUAAGGACUUAAUUUCAGGAUACUUAUUCAGUAGUCUAAUAACUGGUGCUAGUUGAUUUUCCUCACCUAACAUUAUGCAGAAUGCUCCUUUAAUAUAAAGCUUGAUCUAUUAUAUACAGAAAAUACUGCUACUACAUUUUAUUUGCAUUGCCCAUGUACUUUAAUAUGCAUAUUAUGUAUUUAUCUUCGAUCCAUUCUCUAUUUGAAAAUAUAUGCGUAACAAUCAUUUCCAGUUUUUGACCAUUUUAGUAUCAGUACUCUUUAAUAACCAAGAUUUAGAAAUGACUAACAUUGGUGCUAGCAUUUUAGUUGAAACUGUAUGUCUGUGAAUAUAUACUUUCUUUGAUUAUUGUUAGAAUUUCAAAAUUUUAGAAACACGAUAUAGAUUUUAGAUGCUAUGUAGUUUAUAUUCACAGUAUUAUUUUAUUAUUAAAUGGAUAUUACUCAGAGUACAUGUAUGUAGAGUGACCUUGCAUUGGUGCUAGUCUCUAGAUGAGAAUUUAUACUAAUUUUAUUUUACUUUUGUAUCUUUAAAAUUUAAUCAUUGUAUUAAUUGUAGAUAAUGUUUGAAGGUUUACAGGGGUACAUGAUGUGUAAAGUCCUUGAAGGACCAAGAUACAAGUGGAUAGAGAUAGAUUCUAUAGAAGUGAAAUGGAAAUGCAAGAAAGUGGAGGUUAGGAAGUAGAAUACGGUAUUCUUUUCGGUCCUUAAAAGAACUGUAAAACUGGGCCCGGUCUUACAAAGAAUUACGAUUGAUCCAAUCAUCGAAACUCUAUGGAAAUCCAUCAGUAUCAUAUUAAUUUUUUCGACAGGAAAUUUGCAAAAUGUCCUUCGUAAACAAAGGCAAACAUACCAAAUUGUCAAGAAAACAAUGAAUUUAUGUAAUAUACAUAUUUAGAAAUUUUUUUGAACAAACAUGCAUUUGAGAUGUUGACAUUGCUGGCUUUCCAUAGUUACGAUUGAUCAGAUCAAUCGCAGCUCUUUGUAAGAUGGGGCUUUGAAUGAGUGGAAAGCUUGAGUAGUCGGCAGGGAGCAGUAGCAGGAGAGAAGACUUGACGUUUUUAACAGGUUGACUGCCUAUUGUCCGCCAUUGUACAAGUUUGUAUUCAUUGUUCUUGGAAAGCAGGAUAUAAAUGUAGUUAAUGCUGCAGUAACACCAACGAAACCGACUCCAAACCGACCGAUGGUAUGUCAUUGGUAAUAACGUAAUAGAUUUGAUCGGUCUGGAGUCGGUUUCGUUGGUGUGACUGUAACCGAAACCGACUCAAACGGACCAAAUGUUAUGUCAUUGGUAAUUACGUAAUACCUUUGAUCG